GUCACAUGACCCGAGCAAAGCAAGAUGGCGGCGGAUAAACCGGAAGUGUGAGAUUUACCAGGAAUGAGACCGGAUUAAACGCUCAGUUAACCCUUUAUGAACCAGCAAUAAAGAGACUGAUAAACAUGAGAGUGUGCUACUAAGACAUCGCAGAAAAGAAGGGGAGGCACUCAGCCAUUCAUCAGUUGUUUUCUUGGCGGACGUAACUUCAGAAGCCAUUUAUAAUGGCGUCCCGACGAAGUCUGGACUCUGCCCCCUUCCUCACACAGGCGGAUAACACCGAGGAGGAGCAAGACCGAGAUCCAGAAAGCCAGGUGUCUGAUGAGGAAGAUGAAGAUGAGAUUAAAGAUGUCCUGCUUGUGACUGGGAUCUCUUAUAAACGCUCUGUCGUCAUUGUCAUGGUCCUCGUUUAUAUAAAUCUUUUAAAUUAUAUGGAUCGUUUCACUGUUGCAGGUGUUCUCCCUGAUAUCGCAAAUGAUUUUAAGAUCAAGGACAGUGACUCUGGAUUGGUUCAGACAGUGUUUAUUAGUAGUUAUAUGGUGCUGGCUCCUGUCUUUGGGUACCUGGGUGAUCGGUACAAUAGAAAAUACAUAAUGUGUGGAGGCAUCACCUUCUGGUCACUCAUCACCCUCUCCAGCUCGUUCAUCCCUAAGGAGCACUUCUGGCUCCUUCUGCUCACACGGGGUCUUGUGGGAGUUGGGGAAGCGAGUUACUCCACCAUUGCUCCUACGCUGAUUGCUGACCUCUUCCUUGCCGAUCAGCGUAGCCGCAUGCUGUCUUUCUUCUAUCUAGCUACACCUGUUGGCUGUGGACUUGGAUAUAUUGUUGGAUCAAAGGUGACGAGUGUGGCUGGUGGAAACUGGCACUGGGCAUUACGAGUUACUCCAGGACUGGGUUUCAUAGCCAUUUUACUGCUGCUGUUCAUAGUCAAAGAACCUCCCAGAGGAGCUGUGGAACGGAAGACAGACAAACCCCUCGUCUACACUUCCUGGACAUCUGAUGUUAAAGCUUUGCUAAAGAAUCCUAGUUUUGUCCUGUCAACCUUUGGAUUUACCACUGUAGCAUUUGUAACAGGAGCCCUGGCCCUUUGGGCUCCAACCUUCUUGAUGCGGGCACGGAGGGUCUUGUACAGUCAUGAGCCAUGUCAAACCCCUAUUUGUGACUCUGAUGACAGUAUGAUUUUUGGAGGGAUCACAUGUGUGACUGGUCUUCUGGGGGUCGGGGCUGGUGUGGAGAUCAGCAGGCGUUACCGGAAAGUAAAUCCACGCUCUGACCCAUUGGUUUGCGCCAUGGGCCUCCUGUGCUCAUCCCCCUUCCUUUUCCUGUCUUUAGUGUUUGCAGAGGAUAGCCUUAUCGCUACUUACGUUUUUAUCUUUAUUGGGGAAACAUUGCUGUCCUUGAACUGGGCCCUUGUUGCUGACAUAUUACUGUACGUGGUGAUCCCCACAAGACGGUCUACGGCAGAGGCUUUGCAGAUAGUUGUCUCACACUUGCUGGGAGACGCCGGGAGCCCAUACUUAAUUGGAGUGAUUUCCGAUAGAGUCCGUAAAGGAAAGCCUGAUUCUUACCUGUUGCAGUUCCACAGCCUUGGCUAUGCUCUGAUGCUUUGCUCAUUUGUGGGAGCCAUCGGAGGUGGCUUUUUCCUUGCGACAGCACUCUUCAUACAGAAGGAUCGCAAGAAGGCAGAACUGUACUCCCAAGGUCUUUUGGAAGUGGAGGAGAGUGCCGACGAUAGAAUUGUCGUCCCGAAACGAGGACGAUCAACCAAGGUACCAGUCUCCAGUGUGCUUAUUUGAGAAGCUCCAGUUCCUGUGCAACAUUUUGGCUUCAGUAUUGACCAUCGUUCUGGAUGGGGAACAAGCAUAACUGAUUGUAGCAAUGCUAUUUGUUGGCCUCUCUUAUGAACAGCAUGGACACCUGGGAUGAUGGCUUCAGCACCUGUCUCCCUGUCUACGAGGAGAUGGCUCACUGUGGAUUAUGUUAUCUUGUUUUGGAUUUUCCAAUCCAUCAUCGUAGGACAAUCUUGUACUCUUAAUUAAAAAGAGUCUCCAGUCUAAAGGGAUCAUACUAAGUUGUUGUUCUACUCGCACGCCCAAUGAUUACAUUUUUUUUUUUUUUUUUACGAGCUGCUGUUUCUAUAAUUUUUCUUUUUAUGACAAAGGAUGUGAUGCCUUGGACUACUGCAAAGGCCUGUUCUGUUAUAGAGAACCAUGGGUGGUUUACUCUGAAAAUGAAUAUUGGAUUAUAGUUUUAACACACAUCACAACAAUUUAAAACGUAACUUUACCACAUGCUGAUCUAAUAGAUAAUUCCCAAGUGUAUAAUAGAUGGUAAUAAUUACAAUAUAUUCCUGUGAACAAUAUAUUCCAUCUUGUAAAUGUCUGGUCACAGAUUUUGCUAUCCUUACCUCCAAGCCAUCAUUGUGUGACAAAUGGUAAAGAUAAAUACCUUGCCCAGAGUUUGCAAAGUAUGCAUCUAUCGUAGCAAGCAGAGAUCUAGUUUAACAUAUGAGGGGUUUCAUUAGUCCUCAUGUAAUGAGGCUGCUGGUUAACAGCUCCAACAGAAAACUUGGACCUGAAUUGCCAGUCUCCUAUCUUUUUUCUGUUCCUCACCAACAAACUUCCUCUAUUAUUAUAAUAUAAAAUAAUUUUCUGCUUCUCUCUCAAGGUCCAAUAUUGCUAUAUUAAAAUUGUGUUAUUAGUCCAUGUGACACUCAAAUGGUUCUAGUGGUGUUAAAUCCUGACAAAGGAAUGACACAGCUCUCUGAAUUUCACAGUUCUAGAGACAGAACAUUACUGAUCUCAAGCAAAAUAACAAUACAGUAUAAGAUCAUGCGUAUCCCAUAGUACACUACUGGCAUUUUAAAAUGGGAUUUUUUUUUUAAAGGGAAUUAUUUUACAAAAUUGUAGUAGUGCUUUUAGUUUAGUACUCUUUCAUUUAAAUAAAUUUGUGUUAAUUUGGAAGUCUCCCCAAUGGAUUUUAGGAAAUGUAUUACAUUUUUAAUUUGGCAAUGCCAGUAACAUUUCAUUCAGGGAAAAAUAAAACAAUGAACACAAAUUAGCCAGGCUACUUGAGACCUUUUGCCAUGGGAAGAGUUUGUAACUUCUAGUUUGAAUUUGGUAGCACAUCCUACCCUGGAUCCAGUGAUCAGAAUGCCCUAUUAUUUGGGAGGGUAACAGUAUUCUGUAACAGUGCUCAGUGAUCUGAGAAUUGUAUUGACUUGAAUUCCUACUAUUUAUAAUUAACACUUGUUUUCAAUAAUAUAUCUAACAAAGCCCUGU